AUGUUACUGACUUCUGCUAUAUUCUCCAAUUCUGGAAUUUUAGCACAAGGUAAAUGUUUCAACAGCAGUGAACAAGGACUAGAAGAGAAAGAACAGAUUUCUCGUGCUUUAUAUAAUUUAAGGGAAGCAAAUUCUAUCAUCAUCAUGCCUAUGAGACAAAUGAAAGAGAGCUCAGAACAGCACUUGGUGAUUAAACCCCAGUUGCAAAACAUCAUGAACACCAAGAGUGCUCAGAAUGGGAAAGGUCCUCCAAGCCAAGAGCCUCAAAACCAGUCCUCACCUCCAUCAAGAAAUAGAGGAAGGAGAAGGGGACGAGUUGGCCGGAAAUCGGAUCAAGCUGAUGCCUGUAUGCGACCAAGUUCAAGGCCUUGCACUGGGACAGAUAGUCCGGUUAUUGCAGAGCUGACUCGAGCUACUGUAUCUGCUAUGACUAAUGGGUUGGUAGGGAAUGGAGGCACCUUAUGUGAAGCAGAAGUGUUUUUUCCUUCUUCAACCAAGUCUUUGAGUUUUGCACCCAGGCCAGGGUAUGGGCAACUUGGGACAAAAUGCAUAGUGAAGGCUAACCAUUUCUUUGCCGAGUUACCGGACAAGGAUUUGAUCCAGUAUGAUGUUACUAUAAUCCCUGAAGUGGUAUCAAGAACUGUAAACAGAGCAAUUAUUGCUGAACUGGUGAAACUGUACAAAGAAUCUGAGUUAGGGAUGAGAUUACCAGCUUACGAUGGUAGAAGGAGUCUUUACACUGCUGGUGAGCUUCCAUUUGCCAGGAAGGAAUUCACCAUUAAACUUAUAGAUGACGAGGAUGGAAUCAACGGUCCCAAGAGAGAGACGGAAUACAAAGUUGUUAUCAAGUUUGUCGCACGCGCAAACUUACAUCAUCUGGGGCAAUUUCUUUCUGGUAAGCGUGCGGAUGGUCCACAGGACGCCCUCCAAAUUCUCGACAUUGUGUUGAGAGAGCUCUCAAUGAAAAGGUACUGCCCUGUUGGAAGAUCGUUCUUUUCUCCUGACAUCCGGAGACCACAUUCGCUUGGUAAUGGCUUAGAGGCAUGGUGUGGAUUCUACCAGAGCAUAAGGCCUACUCAGAUGGGCCUGUCACUUAAUAUCGAUAUGACUUCAGCUGCAUUUAUUGAGGCUCUGCCAGUUAUAGAAUUUGUUGCCCAGCUGCUAGGGAAAGAUGUGUUAUCAAGGAUGUUGUCUGAUGCUGACCGCAUUAAGGUUAAAAAGGCCCUUAGAGGAGUGAAAGUUGAAGUGACUCACAGAGAAAAUGUACGAAGAAAAUAUCGAGUUUCAGGCAUUACCACUCAACCCACUCGAGAACUAGUGUUUCCUGUUGACGAACACUCAAAUAUGAAGUCAGUGGUUGAAUAUUUUCAAGAAAUGUAUGGCUUUACAAUUCAGUAUAGUCAUCUGCCUUGCCUUCAAGUUGGAAACCUGAAGAAGGCUAACUAUUUACCAAUGGAGGCCUGCAAAAUUGUUGAGGGCCAAAGGUAUACAAAAAGGUUGAGCGAAAAACAAAUUACUUCUCUUCUUAAGUUUACAUGCCAGCGGCCCCGAGAUCGAGAAAACGAUAUCCUGCAGACUGUUCAACACAAUGCCUAUGAGCAAGAUUCAUAUGCAAAGGAGUUUGGAAUCAAAAUCAGUGAAAACCUAGCUUCCGUGGAGGCAAGAGUUCUGCCAGCUCCUUGGUUGAAGUAUCAUGAGACAGGGAAAGAAAAAGUUUGUUUGCCUCAAGUUGGGCAGUGGAAUAUGAUGAACAAGAAAAUGAUCAAUGGGAUGACUGUUAGCCGUUGGGCAUGUAUCAACUUUUCACGCAGUGUCCAAGAGAGUGUCGCUCGUGGGUUUUGCAGUGAACUGGUUCAGAUGUGUCAAGUAUCUGGCAUGGAAUUCAAUCCGGAACCUGUCAUUCCAAUCUACCCAGCGAGGCCUGAGCAAGUAGAGAAAGCUUUGAAGCAGGUUUAUCAUGCAUGUAUGAACAAACUAAAAGGAAAAGAAUUGGAUCUUGUGUUAGCCAUUUUGCCUGACAAUAACGGGUCCUUGUAUGGUGAUCUGAAGCGAAUAUGUGAAACUGAUCUAGGCUUGAUAUCACAAUGCUGUCUUACAAAAUACGUCUUCAAGAUUAGCAAGCAAUAUUUGUCUAAUGUGUCCUUGAAGAUAAAUGUCAAGAUGGGUGGCAGAAACACUGUUCUCUUGGAUGCCAUAAGCUGUAGAAUACCAUUGGUUAGUGAUAUACCCACUAUCAUAUUCGGGGCAGAUGUGACUCACCCGGAGAAUGGGGAGGACUCCAGCCCAUCAGUAGCUGCUGUUGUAGCUUCUCAAGAUUGGCCAGAGGUCACUAAAUAUGCAGGACUGGUUUGUGCUCAAGCUCAUAGACAAGAACUCAUACAAGAUUUAUACAAGGCAUGGCAUGACCCUAUCCGUGGACCAGUUAGUGGUGGCAUGAUCCGGGAUCUUUUGGUUUCUUUCAGAAAGGCAACUGGGCAAAAGCCACAGAGGAUAAUAUUUUACAGGGACGGUGUGAGUGAAGGGCAAUUUUAUCAAAUCCUUUUGUUUGAGUUGGAUGCAAUCCGCAAGGCAUGUGCCUCUUUAGAACCAAACUACCAACCACCAGUGACUUUUAUUGUGGUACAAAAACGACAUCACACAAGACUGUUUGCAAACAAUCAUAGGGACAAGAGCAGCACCGACAAGAGCGGAAACAUAUUACCUGGCACGGUGGUUGAUUCUAAAAUCUGUCAUCCAACGGAAUUUGACUUUUAUCUCUGCAGCCAUGCUGGAAUUCAGGGAACUAGUCGUCCAGCGCAUUACCAUGUUCUUUGGGAUGAGAACAAUUUUACUGCCGAUGGAAUUCAGUCACUAACGAACAAUCUCUGCUAUACAUAUGCAAGAUGCACCCGGUCUGUCUCUGUGGUUCCUCCUGCAUAUUAUGCACAUUUAGCUGCAUUUCGAGCCAGAUUCUACAUGGAACCCGAUGCUCAGGACAAUGGCUGUGGUACUGAUCAAGAUGGGAAGACUACUCGAACAGCUGGAGAGUCGGGGGUGCGGCCUUUGCCAGCCCUCAAAGAAAAUGUAAAAAGAGUAAUGUUUUAUUGUUAG